CCGGCCAUCGACAGUUUGAAUUCAAAGCGACUACAGUGCGAGAACGAGCGAUACACAAUACGCAAACACAUACCGCGAAUUUUUCUGUUUGAUUUUCAACGAGCUAUCCCGUAUCCGUGCGAUAUCUACGUGUUUAUUUUUUUUAAACUCUAAGUUAUUUUUUAAUCAAACAAGGACUUUUUCGUCUGUAGUGUGACAAACGCGAAUAUGGUCGGAAAAACAGCAAUCGGCAUUGAUCUGGGAACGACCUACUCCUGCGUGGGAGUGUGGCAAAACGGCAAAGUGGAGAUCAUCGCCAACGACCAAGGCAACAGGACCACCCCCAGUUAUGUGGCGUUCACAGACACCGAACGGUUGAUCGGCGACGGUGCCAAAAACCAAGUGGCCAUGAACCCGAACAACACGGUGUUCGACGCCAAGAGACUGAUCGGCCGGCGUUUCGACGACGAGAAAACCCAGGCGGACAUGAAGCACUGGCCUUUCAAGGUGAUUAACGAUUGCGGCAAACCGAAAAUCCAAGUGGAGUUCAAAGGCGAACGCAAGGUGUUCGCUCCGGAGGAGAUCAGUUCCAUGGUAUUGACCAAAAUGAAAGAGACCGCCGAAGCUUAUUUGGGUAAGAGCGUUACGGACGCGGUGAUCACGGUGCCCGCUUAUUUCAACGACUCCCAGCGGCAAGCCACAAAGGACGCCGGUAUCAUCGCCGGCCUGAACGUCAUGAGGAUAAUCAACGAGCCGACGGCGGCCGCUCUGGCUUACGGUCUAGACAAGAACUUGAAGGGAGAACGGAACGUGCUGAUUUUCGACUUGGGCGGCGGCACGUUCGACGUGUCAGUGCUGCAAAUCGACGAGGGCUCGAUAUUUGAAGUGAAAUCCACCGCCGGAGACACUCAUCUGGGAGGCGAAGAUUUUGACAACAGACUGGUUUCGCAUUUGGCCGAAGAGUUCAAGAGAAAAUUCAAGAAGGACGUCAAGAGUAAUCCGAGAGCACUGCGACGCCUGAGAACAGCUGCCGAAAGAGCCAAGCGUACACUGUCGUCCAGUUCGGAAGCGACAAUCGAAAUCGACGCCCUCAUGGAAGGUAUCGAUUUCUACACGAGAGUGUCUCGGGCGAGGUUCGAAGAACUGUGUGCGGAUCUAUUCAGGUCUACUCUUCAGCCCGUGGAGAAAGCGUUGGCCGACGCUAAACUAGACAAGGGAGCCAUACACGACGUGGUGUUGGUCGGUGGAUCCACCAGAAUACCCAAGAUCCAGAACCUGUUACAAAACUACUUCUGCGGUAAGUCUCUUAACCUAUCCAUCAAUCCUGACGAAGCAGUAGCGUACGGCGCCGCCGUUCAGGCCGCCAUUCUCGGUGGGGACACCAGCUCUGCGAUCCAAGACGUUUUGCUGGUCGACGUCACUCCGCUGUCGUUGGGAAUUGAAACGGCUGGUGGCGUUAUGACCAAGAUCGUGGAGAGGAACAGUACCAUUCCGUGCAAGCAGACCCAGACGUUCACUACUUACGCGGACAACCAACCGGCAGUGACCAUUCAAGUGUUUGAAGGUGAGAGAGCAAUGACCAAAGACAACAACCUAUUGGGAACGUUCGACCUGACCGGAAUACCUCCGGCGCCCAGAGGGGUGCCAAAAAUCGAUGUGACUUUCGAUUUGGACGCUAAUGGUAUUCUGAACGUUUCGGCCAAAGACAACAGCUCCGGACGUUCGAAGAACAUCGUCAUCAAAAACGACAAGGGCCGGUUGUCUCAAGCGGAAAUCGAUCGUAUGCUCAAUGAGGCCGAGCAGUACAAAGAAGAAGACGAAAAACAAAGGGUGAAGAUCGCCGCUAAGAACCAAUUGGAAAGCUACGUUUUUGGCGUUAAACAAGCUUUGGAUGACGCCGGAGAUAAACUCGGCGAGUCUGAAAAGAACACUGUCAGACAGGAAUGCGACUCCGUGAUACAGUGGCUGGACAACAAUCAGUUGGCUGAUAAAGAGGAGUAUGAGUACAAACUGAAGGAACUGCAAGGAAAGUGUUCCGCGUUAAUGAUGAAAAUGCACGGCGGACAAGCAGGUGGAGCUCAGAUGCCAGGAGCAGGUGGUUUCCCAGGAUCUCAGUCUCGAGGGCCAACUGUAGAAGAAGUUGAUUAAAUUAUUGUAUGCAUGUGAAUAUUUUGCUUAAUAUUGUAAAGAAAUGACUUAAUGAUGGCGUAGUUUAAUAACUUAAUUUAUUGUACAAUUAACACGCAAGUUCCUAUUGUAAAAAAAUGGUUUUCUGUAAGUGUAAAUAUAAAAAAAAUGUACCAGAUAUUGUAUUACUAUUGUUUGAUUUAUUAAUUAAAUAAAUAAAUACUUAUUAUUUAGUUAAAAA